AUGGUGAACCCCACAAACAGAGAUCCCUAUUCCAUUUUGGACGUAGAAAAAAAUUCCACUCUUGAAACAGUAAAAAAAAAAUUUAAAAAGCUAGCCAUAAUAUAUCACCCCGAUAAAUUACAAUACCAUUUAAAUAAAGAAAAAAACAAUAAUCAAAAUAAUCAAACAAAUAAAGAAACAAAACAUGAAAUAAGAACAGAUAUAGAUUUUUUAACUUUGGUUUGGGCUUAUGAACAAAUAUUAACUGAUAUUCAAUCCAAAAAAAAGUCGGAAAUAUAUCAAAAUGCAUCAAUCAUUAAAAAAAAUGAUUUAGAAUAUGUACAAGAUGAAGAUACAUAUUUAUUUUUUUGUCGUUGUGGUGAUUUUUUUAUAUUUAAUCAAAACUUAUAUGAUGAAUACUAUGUCAUAUAUCAAUGUCAAAGCUGUUCAUCCUCAGUUUAUUUAACUCCAUAA